AUGCGCGCUCUUCAGCUAUCUAUCUUCCUGCUGCUGCAGGUGUCUAUCCAAGCCUCCGCCCAAACUGUGUGGGCAGUCUUUGGAUUCAACGUGCACGGAGAUACCACGCCUACCCUUCUAGGACAGCCAAGAACAUUGACCCCUCUAGGGGCAAAAGAUGUAUACAAUGUGGGGGGUAAAUUUCGAGAUCGCUAUAUACUUGGUGGCUCUACGAAUGUUUCAAGGGGUACCUGGGUAAAUGGCCUCAACCAGCAUAGACUGGACUCUGAGCAGGUCAGAAUAUAUACCACUUCAGAUCAGUUCAAUGAAGCAUCUAGCCUUGCUUUUAUGCAAGGCUUUUACCCGCCCUUGGGAACGGCAAACCAGAGCUACACGUACAUUGACGACACCUAUCUCUUGUCUAAUGGCUCUAUCGCCGGCGCACCUUUGGACGAUUAUCAAUACCCACGCAUUUAUGCUGCAGGGUUGGCGGAUCCCACUUCAAUAUUGGUUGCAGGUCAGGCGGACUGUGAUAAUUAUCAGGAGCUGCAAGUGAAAUAUCGCAUCACUCCCGAGUUCCAACAAAUCGAGUCAGAUAAUGCACAAUUCUACUCUGAUUUAUACAACAUUGCACUCGAUGGCAUAUUGAGCAGAAGCAUGGCGAGCUAUGCCCAGGCGACAGAGAUAUUUCAGUAUUUGCAAUACGGAUAUCUGCACAACAGGAGUCUGGAAUCAACAUUGUCAUUAAGUGACUUACAAAGGGCAAGAGUAUUGGCGAAUCAGUACGCUUUUGCGACCAAUGGGAACUUGACGUCUUCGAGUAAUGGUGGCAGUGAGCGGAUCAGAGCUAUUGCCGGGCGUACGCUGUCUCGACUCAUCCUUCAGGCUCUUGAAACCAAUAUACAGACCCAGGGAUUUUCAUCCAAAAUGACCUUGGUGUUUGGUAGUAUGGAGCCUGUCAUCGCUUUCGCCUCUCUAAGCCAACUCGCGUCGCCAAUGAACAGUGAAUUCUACGGAAUGCCGGUCGAUGGGGCGUCCUUAGUGCUGGAGCUAUUCAGUAUGAAUACGACUACUUCGGAUAUCGGAUACCCCCAGAUAUCAGAUCUAUACGUUCGAUUACUCUUCCGCAACAGCUCCUCCACCAACGAAGCUUUUACUCAAUACCCUCUUUUUGGUUAUAGCCCGAGUCAGGUCGAUCUUCCGUUCACCGAAUUUGCGGCGAGACUUAGCACAUUUCUGCUUCCAUCGACAGAAUCAUGGUGCGACGCUUGUAGCAGUUCUCCAAUGUUUUGCUUCGGAGCAGCCAAUGCAGGCAAGAGGUCCGCAAAAAGCCGGUUGAGCUUGGCUGGAGCUGGUGCUAUAGGAGCUGGUGUCACGCUGGCUGUCUUAGCAGCGGUAGUAGGUAUUGCAUGGCUCUGUGGCAUCGGACUGCACCGUCGACGCAAGCCAGCAAGUUUUGGGGGUUUCAAGGGCAACAAGAAAAUGGCUAGCGACCAAGACGUCAGUUUUUCAACCUCGAAGAAUGGCAUAUUCCAUAAAAUUGCAGAUCCAGGUCGUGCUUCCACGAACGUCAAGAGCCAUGAGCGUACAGGCAGCUGGGAAAUGAGAAACAAAAACCGGACAUCGGCCGACAACGCUUUGCGGCUGGAUGACGAUAGAGACAUAGCCGAUAUCAGUGCCAAUUCAGAGCCUGUCAAAUGCCAUCAGAUUAGAAGACGUGAUGUGCCCUCUCUACCGCGUCACGGGUUCCUUGGUCCCGAAUAUGGAAAGAGCCCCUGUGGCCUUGCCAUUGGGCAAGAGCAUCGCUCAUUCCUUCCAAUGUCCAGCACCGGCUCACUGCCUCCCAAGGAGCAGCUCUUGUCGCUUCUUGUUCUGGCACCAAGAGCAAACUUCAUUCAUAGACUUCCUCUCUUCGCAUUUCACGUUGCUGCAAGCCCCAGCAGAUAUCAUCGUUCUCUGCCUCUUCAAACCUUUCUACUUGGAGCCUUCGAGUACUCGUCAGACAUGAAGACGACGUAUAGCAUUACUGAACUGCUGGCCUUGCGAGGCAACGCCGCGGUUGAUAUAGGCCAAUUCACUAUAUAUGCACUUGAAAAUAACUUGCUAUGGCGCGGCAAGUCUGUUCCAAAUACAACAUCAAGCGAACCGAGACGCAACGAACGUUCGACAACAACGUCUGAAGAUCACAAGUCAACCUCCCAGCCCAACAGUGGCUCCCAGGAAAAUAUUACAGAGAAUGAUUCUGGCUUUGUCAAAUUCUUAAAACAGCACACUUCGCCGAAACAUCAGCGAGUCACGCCAGGCGGCAAGGUUGUUGAUGUUAACAGCAGCGUUUCGAUUCCGGAGUUCAAGCCACCAUCAACCAAGACAAGCGACGAGUGUCCCCAAAAGAAUGGAAAGGAAACAGGAAAGGUGAUCAGCUUGCAGGGUGCUGGAACAGGAAAGAAAACGGUUCAAAUUUCUGGCGCGUCUUCCAACUCAAAUGGGUUUAAGCUUGACCCUCCAUACCCAGGACCUUACGAGAAGAUCACAACAGGACCAGUAGGCGUCACCACAGCCACCGUCAGCGAGGAGGUUGGUCCACAGAUUGCGAAUUUGUAUCCAUCCUUACAAUCAUUACAACAAUUACAGCUUUCACUGAUGGCACCUGACGUUUACCGCCAACAACCAUUGCCAUGGGCUCCGAGCUUUUACCCUAUUGUACAAGUGACACAGGCAGGGCAGGAGACAAUAGCAACACCGUAUCAUAAUUACCCUCAAUUGUUUCUGCCUGAUGCGGCAGCGUGGCAUCAGACUGCUCCCCAAUCAUACGCGAAUCAGAAUCCAAUUCUUCACAAUUUGUCGCAGCAGCAAACUGCUCCUUUACUGGCAACCGUGUGGCCAACUGUCGGAAAGCAAGGUGCAGCAGUUCCUACCGCUGACUCUCAAGUUCCUAUACCUGCUUCACAUUCUUUUACUAGUCUAAGUACUGUCACGGGCCAGUUGACGCCUUACUCAGGAUCCCUCCCAACUUACAUCACAGAUCAAAGCACGCAGCGAUCGCUCCAAGACUUGACCAAAGAAUAUCAAAGCCUGUCAUCUCAACUAGUGGACCUUGAUCGCUACAUGGCGAUUCACACCUUUGAGAUGGAUGCAGAAACAAAGAAAAGCCUCGUAGAGCAAAGGAGAGGUCUAGUCAAGGAUCUAGACAUGGCAAGGCGAUACAAGGAACACCUGGAGUCUAACAUCAAGCGCCCAUCCGCCAGCCUUGAGCCAGUAUCAGCGGCUGGAUUUCAGCAAGAGUCAGCCAGCAAUUUGGGAUUCGUUUCACAUCCCACUCUGUCUCGCUUGGUUGCAGUGGAACAAUCAGCAGAGCUCCCUACGUCUUCCUUGCCAAUAGCAUUGAGUUCUAUCAACGCAGUGCCGUUGCAGUUCUCUCAGGCAGGAUACGUGCCAGUGAUUCCCAACCUGGGCAACUGGAGUGAAUAUGCAUACAACGCUCAUCUGCCUCAAGACCCACAAUUCACCUCGCAGACUCAUUUGUUCAGCAACCAAUCCAAUGAAUUGAACGCAUCCCAAUUGAAAAAUAUACUUAGCCAACAAAACCACGCCGAUACCUCUACGUGUUCCCCUUUUAUUAAUAUCAAUCAGCUACAUCGCCAGAUCGAAGAAGCAGCCAGACGAGGAGAGAGUGUUGAUGGACUCUUUGAAGAGUUAGCCAGAAUUACAGAACAGUCGGUUGCGCAACGAAAUGCACAAAGACUGGGUUCCUUCACAGGUGCUCAGCCCAAUGGUGUAGCCAGUGACAAGACGAGCGGUAACUUGCACCAGAGUUUCCCUACAGCACAAAAGGAAGCCCAGAGAGGGGAAGGUUCUAACACUGAAACAUCCUCUUCUAGCUGGAUGAUCAUAGACGGGCAAGUUAGCACAAAUUCUGGCGGUCACAUAAGUCCUCGUAAGGACCCGAGUCAAAGCAAACCAAGUUCGCGUCUCGAGAAAGAUCCAGCCGCCAUGAGUAAGCAAGCUUUCAAGUCACUCCGACACAGUCGUGAUGAAAGAGGAAUUGGUAUCCAAGCCGGGGACAGAAAAGCAUUGAGGAAACCACAGAGCAGUCGAUCCGUGAUGCUUACACCCUGGGCUGGUCGGGAGCAAGACGUCACAGCAUCCAAGGCAUGCGCCCCCGUCAUCUCGCGCGUUAACGCACAUGGAUUUCUUCCGUCAUUUGACGGAGCGAACGACGCUUACGACACACGUUCGCAGCGCUCCAUGAUAUUGAUUGACUUGGAGAGCGAUGAUAAUGGCCCAACAAGAAGUGGGGAGAAUCAACCGUGGUAUCUAAGGGAGCCCCGCCCGAAACCCAUUCAGUCUGAGGUCCGUCGAUUCUUCCUCGAUAUCGAGGAGGAAGAAUACCAGAUGAUCCAUAAAUACCGGAUGCAAACCUUGGGAGAUGCUGAAAUGCUCAGGAAGUAG